UCCACAGCUCUGCACAGCCCGUCCGUCACCGCGCACUGCUUCAGAACCAUGAUCCGGAGCAGCCGCUGCGCCUCCUCCACACAGACAGGACCGCUGGAAGCACAGCCCCGCUGAGCGCUCUGCUCCUGCUGCUCCUGCUGCUCCUCCUGCUCCUGCUGCUCCUCCUGCUCCUGCUGCUCCUCCUGCUCUCCGUCUCCAUCCUCCUCUCUGUUUUGUACCCUGGACCUGAGCCGCAGGAUGUGCGUGGAGAGCGAUGGGUGCGAGAUCGAGGGCUGCGGUUCGGAUGAGGUGCGCACGCUGUCGGGCAGCAUGAGUCCCGGACUGAUGCCCGAACCGGACCUCCGUCCCUGCAAGCCGGGACAGAAAUUCCGCGCGGCGCUUCUCAGGUGCCGGACUCCCGCGGUGGCCGCCGGGAUCCUGAGCUUUGGAAACGUCCUCAAUUACAUGGACAGAUACACUGUGAUGGGUGUCCUGACCGACAUCCAGCUGGAUUUCAAAGUAACAGACAGUGCAGCCGGCUUGUUGCAAACAGUCUUCAUCUGCAGCUUCAUGUUGGCAGCUCCCAUCUUCGGUUUCCUUGGCGACCGCUUCAGCAGAAAGGUCAUCCUGAGCUGUGGCAUUUUCUUCUGGUCCAUUGUUACCGUGUUGAGCUCCUUCAUCAGCACAGAGUACUACUGGCUGUUUGUCCUCUCCAGAGGACUGGUGGGCAUCGGAGAGUCCAGCUACUCCUCCAUCUCUCCCACCAUCAUCGGAGACCUGUUCACCAGUAACAAACGCACCAUGAUGCUCUCCAUCUUCUACCUGGCCAUCCCUGUGGGCAG